AUGGCGCAGCUAACUCCACGACAAAAAGCUGCAGCUGGCGCGCUCUUCACAUUCGCGCUCGCAGAUUCCCUCAGCCAACGAUCGCACGCUUUCGCACAGCCGUUCGCAGACCUUCCUCCGGCCGUCGCAGACGCAAGAAGCGGCUCUGGGAGCGGGCAGCGCGCGAGCGUGUGGGCAGAGGAUCCGAGCGCGAUACGGGUGUGCCAGCACGUGCUUAAGUGUCUGAGUCUUUCCGAGGCCAACGCGCGCGCGUGCUGCCAAAUGGCCAGCGCUGGACCGUCCUUAAAGCCCCACAUUGAGAAGUUCCUGGGCGUGCUACUGCAGGAAAGCGCAUCACUCCCCCCAGCGGAGAGGGAGAGGGUGGCGGCAGUGGCGGAGUGCGUGCGCGCACAGGCCUUGAAACUGCAGCAGCAGGCGCGGGGGAGGCGGGAGAGGGAGCGGAGGGAGGUGCGGAGGGCGUGGCAGGGGGAGAGGCAGCGCAUGCAUGAGGCUGCUGCUGCAGCGGCAGGGAGUGGGGGGUAUGCGCGCGGAGGGGGGAGUGGUGGCGGGGGAACGGCGGGGGGAGGGAGGGCAGCGGGAGGUGGUGGUGCAGGCGGUGUUGGUGCUGGUGGGGUGGAGAGCGAUUUCCAGCAGUUGGGGUUAGAGAAAUCAGGAGCAGGAGCAGAGGCUGGGGCUGGGACAAAGGCAGGUGCAGGGGCAGGUGGUAAGAAAGCUGAUGAUUGGACAAAGGGAUGGGGCCUGGACGAUGGCUGGGAUGAGAAGGAGAAGGUUGCAGGUGGGGGGAGUGCUGUGGGUGCUGGAAAAGUGGAAAGCACAGCUGGUGGUGCUGCUGUUGGUGGUGGUGGUGGUGGUGCUGCUGCUGCUGCUUCUGGUGCUGGUGCAGGUGGGGUUGGUGAUACAGUGGGUUCAAAUCAGCAAGCGAUGGAGGAGAAGAGGAGAGAGGAGGAGAGGGAGAGAGAACGGAAGGAGAGCGAGAGGGAGAGAGAGAAGGAGAUGGAAAGGGAGAAGGUGAGAGCGAAGGAGGCGGAAGAACAAAGAGAAAGGGAGCUAGAACUGGAAAUGGAGCAAGAGAGAGAGCGAUUGGCAAGAGAGAGAGAGACACAGAGGGAGCAGCAUACGACAAAGAGCAAGGCGUGGGAGGGGCAGGAGGAUGAGGAAGGGGAGGAAGAGGAGGAGUAUAUGAUGAGAGGUGGCAGAAGGGGUGGAAGGGAUGACAGGGUUGCAGCAUCCAACCAUCCUCCCUUUGCCUCUGGAGGGUUUUUUAAUGGGGACGAAGAGGAGGAGGACGAGUGGGAGAGGGAAGGUUUUGGGGGGGCUGGGAGCGGGUUUGGAGGGGGGUUUGGUGGAGGGGGGUUCGCAGGAGGAGGGGGCUUUGGUGAUGGGGGGUUCUUUGGGGGUGAUGAGGAAGAGGAGGAGGACGAGGAAGGGGGUGGGUGGGGGCAGAAUGCAGGGUCUGGUGGUGGUGUUGUUGCUGGUGGUGUCGGUGGUGGGGAUGAGAAGGCGAGGCUUGGUGUUGAGCAAGGGGAGCAAGGGACAGGAGCUAGUGGUGGUGAUGAUGUUAAGAGCGAUGAGGAGGAUGGGAGGCCUGGUGCUGUUACUGCUGCACCUGCUGCCGCCGCUGCUGCCGCCACUCCCUCGGCCGCUGCUUCUGCUCCUGCUGCUUCUGAGGGAUCUUCUGAGAAGGUGGACGGGUCUAAAACGUCUUCUAACGCAUCCAAGGUAACCGAGAAAAAGCAGGAGGAGAUGAAGGAGAAGAAGAAGAAGAAGAAGAAGAAGAAGAAGAAGAAGAAGAAGAAGAAGAAGAAGAAGAAGAAGAAGAAGAAGAAGAAGAAGAAGAAGAAGAAGAAGAAGAAGAAGAAGAAGAAGAAGAAGAAGAAGAAGAAGAAGAAGAAGAAGAAGAAGAAGAAGAAGAAGAAGAAGAAGAAGAAGAAGAAGAAGAAGAAGAAGAAGAAGAAGAAGAAGAAGAAGAAGAAGAAGAAGAAGAAGAAGAAGAAGAAGAAGAAGAAGAAGAAGAAGAAGAAGAAGAAGAAGAAGAAGAAGAAGAAGAAGAAGAAGAAGAAGAAGAAGAAGAAGAAGAAGAAGAAGAAGAAGAAGAAGAAGAAGGGAAAGCCAAGGCAAUCGAAUCUGGAGGCAGAAGUUAUUCGUGAGCCCGUGCCGUUUGCAGCGGCAGUGACAGGUAUUCCCGAGGACGAGCGCAUUGCGAUACUAUGGGAGCUGUUAACUGCAUUCAUGUCAGAUGAACGCGCUUCUGGUGGCGCUGCUGCCGGUGGUGCUGGUGGUGCUGGUGGUGCUGCUGCUGGUUCGGGAGCAGGGGAUGCAGCAGCGCAGAGCGUGCAGGGGGGAGGGUAUGAUUCCCGCGAGCGCACAGCGCUUCGGCUCCUGGCGCUCUGGUUGCAGCUCGACUGGUCCCUCGUGGCUGCAAUGGAGCGCUUACUAGCAACAGCAGCAUACAACGCCCAAGUGCAAAUCGACCAGGCAGCAGCAGCAGCCGCAGCCGAGAAAGCCAAGGCAGCACAGGCAGGCAACCGCAAGUGGGGCGGGUGGGGGCGAGCGGUCAGCAUAGGCGCAGCGGCAGUGGGAACAGGCGCGCUGCUGGCUGUGACGGGGGGGUUGGCUGCGCCUGUGCUGCUGGCGGGGAUGUCUGCUGCUGGGUCGAUGAUUCCGGUGGCUGGGGGGAUUAUCACCGGUGCUGCUGCGCUGGCUGGGACCACUGUGGGCUCUGCUGCUGUCAUUGGCGCCUUUGGUGGCGCGGCAGCAGUGGGAACAGGCGUGCUGCUGGCUGUGACGGGGGGGUUGGCUGCGCCUGUGCUGCUGGCGGGGAUGUCUGCUGCUGGGUCGGUGAUUCCGGUGGCUGGUGGGAUUCUCACUGGCGCUGCUGCGCUGGCUGGGACGACUGUGGGCUCUGCUGCUGUCAUUGGCGCCUUUGGUGGCGCGGCAGCAGUGGGAACAGGCGCGCUGCUGGCUGUGACUGGCGGGUUGGCGGCCCCUGUGCUGCUCGCGGGGAUGUCUGCUGCUGGGUCGAUGAUUCCGGUGGCUGGUGGGAUUAUUACUGGCGCUGCUGCGCUUGCUGGGACCACUGUGGGCUCUGCUGCUGUCAUUGGUGCCUUUGGUGGUGAGCGGGGGGUGGGGAAGGGAAGAGUGGGAGGGAGCAGCGGGCUGUUCAGUUGUGGGACCGCGGGUGCCCGCAUGGGCAGCUACAAGAUGGCGCGGCGCCUGGGAGACGUGGAGGAGUUUAAAUUCGUGCCUCUGGCCAAUGCUGAUGCUGUUGCUGUUGCCCCCCUGCUGUUGCCCCCCCCGGGCCCCCCCUGCUGUUCCAUCCCCUCAGCCGCGGGUGCCCGCAUGGGCAGCUACAAGAUGGCGCGGCGGCUGGGAGACGUGGAGGAGUUCAAGUUCGUGCCACUCGCCAAUGCUGAUGCUGUUCGCGCCAUGGGCGUUGCUGCGGGGCGACAAGGAGGGGGAGGGGGAAGAGGAGGAGGGGAAGCGGGUGGAGGAGGGGGAGGGGGACGAGGGGGAACGGUGGACAUGUGGGGGAGACCUUUUGGUGGUGCUGGUGGUGGGAGAGGAGGAGGUGGUGGUGGGGAUGAGGAUGGCGUUGGGAAGCUAUCGGUGGCAGUGGUGGCAGCAGGGUAUGUGCUGAACCCCAAGGACUUUGUCGAGCCGUGGCUGUCCCUGCCCACUGACACUGAACAGUUCGCGGUGGUGUGGCAGUCAGAGGAUCUCGUCACAUCAGGCAGGGCCAUCAACGACUGGCUCAUGUCCACGGCGGUGCAGCGGUCAGUGGUGACGGGGGGAACGAUGGUGGCGGUGCAGGUGCUGGGGGCGUCUGUCAUGUGGCCCAUCACGCUGCUCACUGCCGCUGCUUCCAUUGACGACAAGUGGAGCGUUGCUGUCAACCGCACGGACAAGGCAGGGGCAGUUCUGGCAGAUGUGCUGUUGGAAAGAACUCAGGGAUCCAGGCCAGUGACGCUGAUAGGCUUCUCUCUGGGCGCGCGUCUCAUCUUCUCCUGUCUCACCCACCUCGCUGCUAAAGGCCACGCUGCCAUGGGCGUGGUGGAGCGGGCAGUGUUACUGGGAGCGCCAGUGGCAGCACGAGACAGCUCCGCAUGGGAGGCAGCGCGACGGGUUGUCUCGGGUCGUUUGGUGAACGGCUACUGUGAGAAGGACUGGGCGCUGGGUCUCAUGUACCGCACUAGUUUCCUGCUUUCAGGAGUUGCAGGCAUUCAAGCGGUCAAGGUUAAGGGAGUUGAGAACGUGGAUCUCACGCCUCUCAUCGACGGACACACGAGCUAUCUGUCGGGAGUGCCAGCCAUUUUGGAUGCUUUGAGCAUCGACUCUCCGCUCGCGGCCACGCCUGCGGACGUGCUGCGAGCCGCUAAGGAGUGGAAGGAGGAGGAGGAGAGCCUCAUCUGA